AUGUCUGACGAUUCUAAACACGAAGACGUCGAAAUGGAGGAACCUGAAGACACAGUUUUUAACAUCUUAAAUAGCUUUCCUUAGUUAUAAGUUCAGAAGGAAGAAAGCUAUGAUCAAGGCGAAGAAACUGGGAUGCAAGUGGACGAGGAGAGCCCAAAAUCGUCGAAUUCUUCUGGUUUUCAGCUACUCCUCAGGGUUUUUCAGAUGGAAAAUUUUCAGGAGGCGUUAAAUUCGAGGCGGAUUCUUUUAAACGUUUCGAAAUGUUGCUCAAGAAGACGGAAAAUUUCUCGCACUGUCUCAGCGUCGGAGACGUGGCUGCAACGAAAGGUGAGAAGAAAUUUGGGAAAAAAUACAGUUUUUUUUUUCAGCUCCCGCGGGUGAUAAAAAGAAGCGAGGUCGUCCGCAAAAAGGUGGGGUCGAAGGGGAUCACCGGCAUAGGAAAACGGAACAAGUAAAACAAAUUGAAAGAAAAAAAAAAUCAAUAUUUAUCUAGGAAGAAGACGAAGAGCUUCUGGAAGCGGCCAAAAAAGAGGACAACCUGGUUCUCUUUGAUAAAAGUCCGUUCUUUAUCGAGAAUGGUGAAAUGAGGUUUUUAUACAUCUUUUAUUCGUUUUAAAACAAUUUUUCCAGAGAUUAUCAAGUCCGAGGUCUGAACUGGCUUAUAAACUUGCAGCACAACGGGAUCAACGGAAUUCUCGCCGAUGAAAUGGUACCUUCUUUUUAUGGAAACCGAUAAAAUGUCGCUUUGAAGGGUCUCGGAAAGACGCUGCAGACGAUUUCGCUCCUCGGGUACAUGAAGCACGUGAAGAAUAUGAGCGGCCCUCAUUUGGUCAUCGUCCCGAAAUCGACGCUAAAAAAUUGGGGAAAUGAGUUCGCCAAGUGGUGUCCCACGAUCAAGACUUGCACUGUCAUUGGUGAUGAAGCCGCUAGAGUGAGUUUUGAAAAUAGUUAUAGCUUAUUCCGGCAGAUUGUCACUAUUUUUGAUGACCUCUGAGCUACAGGACCCGGCGUGUGCCUUUAAUAUAACGGAAUACUUUAAAGUUUAAAGUAUCGAAGUUUAGGGACAGGAAAAGGUUCAAAAAGACAUUUUUAUAGCCUGUUCAGAUUUUGAAUGUCAAGUUGUCGCUUAAGCUCCGCCCCCAAUGACGCGAUAAACCAUUCAAAAAACGAGCCAUCCACAGAGCGUUUUCGAAGGAAGUCAUUGUACUGAACAUUCAAAAAAUGAACUAUAGAGCCUAUUUCAGACUUUUCUUCAUUGUAAAUUUUUUCAAAAGGUCAAAAGAAAACAAGGUGAGAAAGGCAUGAAAAUUCUGAGAAAUCCAAGAAAAAGAGCCUUUUUUAAACAAUGUUUUCACAAUAUUUUGAAAAUUCGGAACGCCUUAAAAUUACUUUUGAAAUUGAAGUAAUUUCUCACACGGCAUCCCUAUUGGGGCGUGGGAAGGUGAGCGAGGCGUCAAAAUUUCAAAAAAAAAAAACGUCUGAAUUUAUCAAAAAAAGUAAGUGCGCGCUCCGGAUAAAAUAAUGUCAUUCUACGUCACAAAUUACAUGAGUAUUUAAUGUUAAUAACUUGUUAGUUCGAUCGCCUUUGGCUGCGUACUUGAAAUUUUAAUUUUCGCAUCAAAAUUUUUUUUUUUGACGUAUUCCUACCUCGUUUGGGAACGCCGUGAGCUCAAUAAUAGUUUUUUGAUUGCAAUUUUGAUUAAAUUUGGCCUCUGAGCUUUUAAAAACGCCCGUAAAAUGUCUUUAACAACACUUUUAAGCGUAAAAGGAGCCUAACUAGGAGGUUCUGUGUAAAAAAAGUUUUUCAAGGAUCCUUCAAUGGCUUUAAAAUUUUCUCAAAUAUCGUCUUCUUCGUAAGAUUCCUAUUUUUUUUUUCAGAACGACGUGCUCCGCGACAUCGUCCUGCCGAUGAAGUUCGACGUCUGCUGCACGACCUACGAAAUGAUGCUGAAAAUCAAGAGCCAACUGAAGAAGCUCUCCUGGAAAUAUAUCAUCAUCGAUGAGGCCCACAGAAUCAAAAAUGAGAAGAGCAAGGUGAAUUUGCCGUUUCAUCGCCUUUUAAUCCUCAAAUGAAAAAAGCUAAUUAGGUAUUGGGAUAUUUUUAAAAAAAUAAAUGAAUCUAAUCAAAAUUUUGAAGCCGUUUUCAAAGUAAUUCCGCGAAAUUAAAAUUAGCCGUCAGAGAAAGAAAAAGACAACUAUAUUUUGGAGAGUCAGAAAUAAUUUCAAAUAUAGCGGGGAAAACAGGAGAGGUCUCCAAACAGUUUAUUGGUCGCAUUGGGAAUAUUUCGACGCCUUUUUUUUUGUUUUUUGUAAUCAAUUAUCUUGUAAAUCACCUUUAUCGAUUGGUAAAUCAUUUUUAUAUUUAAAAGCUAGCCUGAUAAAACGAGAUUUUUUCAGUUUUAGCGGAAUAAUGGGCGAAAAAUAGAGGGUAUGAAGUCUUUUUAGUAACACAUUUAGCGAUGAAUAAUGGCCUUUCUGGGUGAAAAUUUUCAAAUUUUUCAUGAUAUUUUCUGUAGACUUUAACCUUGUUUGACAGUCCUUUUGAAUAAAAUAAAAAAGAAAGAAAAUUUUUUUUCGAUUGAAAAUUUUGAAAAAUUUUGAGUAUUUCCUAAUGCCGUAUUUAAUUGGAUUCCGCGAAUUUCAAAAUAGCUGUCAGAGAAAGAAAAAGAUAACUAAUUUUUGGAGAGUCAGAGAUAAUUUUGAAUUUGGCGGAAAACACGGGAUAAGAGGUCCCCAAACAGUUUAUUGGUCGCAUUGGGAAUGGCUCGAUGUCAUUUUUUAUUAUUUUUUGCAAUCAGUUGUCUUUUAAAUCAUUUUUAAUGGUUGAAAAUCAUUUUGACAAUUUAUAACCAGCUUGAUAAAACGAGAUUUUUUCAGUUUUAGCGAAAUAGUGUGCGAAAAAUAGAGGGUAUGAAGCCUUUUAGUCAUUUUUUACACAUUUGCGAUGAGAAAAGGCUUUUUUCGAGUGAAAAUUUUCAGAAUUUCCAUUGUUUUUUUUUGUAAACCUUUAACUUUGAAAUGUUUGACAGUCCUUUUGAAUAAAAUAAAAAAGAAAGAAACUUUUUUUUUCGAUUGAAAAUUUUUGAUUAUUUACUAUAAACUGUUUCAAAACAGUAUGAGAUAAAUUCGAUAAAAAGCAAAAAUGUACAUUUUCAGCUCUCUGAAGUGGUCCGAGAAUUAAAAUCGCGAAAUCGGCUCCUCAUCACCGGAACCCCACUGCAGAACAACCUGCACGAACUCUGGGCUCUGCUCAAUUUCCUCCUCCCCGACAUUUUCUCCUCCUCUGAAGAUUUCGACUCCUGGUUUUCGAAUGAUUCUAUGGCCCAGAAUGAAGAUAUCAUCCAGAGGCUUCAUCAGGUAGAAAUUAGGGCCAAUGAAUAUCCGAAAUUGGGUUUUUCCAAGGCUCAGAUUCAGGUAUUUCAGUAUCUUCUCAUGAAAUAAGUAUCCCUGAACCUGAGGAAGGGGCCACUAGAGUGAUAAUCUUGAUUUUUUCAAGUAAAAUUUCUAUGAAAUACCUUUCUAACUUGGCCAGGUGGAAGAUAACACCAAAAAUUAAAAAUAUCAUUUUUCCAAAUUUUUUGUGUAAUUUUGAGAGUUUUCAAGCGGAUGAAAGACCUCAUUCUGAGAAAAUUUUCAGUGGCCCCUUGAGGGUUUUGACGUUUUAGUGACCACUAUAGCAGUCGAAUUAGUGGUCACUUAAGUGACUAAAAUUCAGUUGCCUUUUUAGAAGUCUCAUUGGUAAUACUAGACCACUAGAAACUACUAUAGUGACCACUUGGGCGCAAAUAGUGGCUUCUAUAGAGUUGAUUUCAGUGGCCACUUUAGUGUCCUGUUCAAGUUGGCCUUGAGAAGCCUCUCAAGUGGCCGCUAGAGUUUUUCCAGUGUUUAGAGGUCAAAUAAAUUUCAAGUGAUCGCUUCAGGGGUGUUUGUUCAGAAAAAAAUUUAAGUGGUCACUUCAGGGGUGUAAACAUGUGUCUCUUCCGAGGUACUUUGAUUUUUUCGGAAAAUUCUGAAUUUUUAGUGCUUCAGAAAGAAUUUUUUUAAUAGAAUUUAUGCGUCUGAAAAGCAUUGAAUGGAAAAAAAUAUCCCGGCUUUUUAAAAUCAAAAAAUAGAAAAUAUUUUGAGGUUCUCCAACCUUUCCUGUUGCGUCGUAUCAAGUCGGAUGUCGAGAAAUCGCUUCUUCCUAAGAAGGAAGUCAAGGUGGAUUUUUAUUUUUUCCGGAAUAAAAUAUCAUUUUUCUUCAGGUUUAUGUGGGUCUGUCGAAAAUGCAGCGCGAAUGGUACACGAAGGUUCUGAUGAAGGAUAUUGAUAUAAUCAAUGGAGCGGGAAAAGUCGAAAAAGCCAGGUUUGGAAAAAUUGAGACAUCAAUAGCGGGAGCAGGACGUUUCUGAUCAUUUCUAGGGAUCACUUCAGUGGCGUCAGCAGCUUUUACUCUGUUUUGAUUGGCUCAUGUACUGAGAAAGUUUUUAGUGGCCACUAUAGAGGCUCCUCAUGGACUACUUGAAAAAGGACACUAAAGUGGCCACUAAACCCCCCUCUGUAGUGGCCGCUUCAGUAGUUUUUCAUCCAGAAUUCCUUCCAGUAACCCUGAUUAUUUUAAAACAAACAGAUCGGACCGGUUAUGUUGAUCCAUUGACCCCUAUAGUGGCCACUAAAAUUUUCAGUGGUCUAGUAGUAGCGCUUAGACCUCUAUAGUGGUCACUAACUUUAACCCCUUAAGUGGCCGCUAAUUUGAAUACUAUAGUGGCCAAUAAAACGUCAAAACCCUGUAGUGGCCACUAAAAAUUUUCCCAGUAGUUUUCCUCGGACGUCGGCAACGCAAACCUGAGAAUUUCUACGGAUCCUUUUAUUGUCGCCAGUGCCCUUAAGUAAUCCCUAAAACAUCUUAAACCGUCCAUUACGCAUUCGGAUUGCGUUACAAAAUUUUUCAAAGUAAAAAAAAAUGAUUUUUUUCAGGUUGAUGAACAUUCUGAUGCACCUCCGAAAGGCCUGUAACCAUCCGUAUCUGUUCGACGGAGCCGAACCCGGGCCGCCCUACACCACUGAUCAGCAUCUGGUUGAUAACAGUGGAAAAAUGGUCCUGCUCGACAAAUUGUUGGUCAAACUCCAGAAACAAGGUUUGGAGUAGGAGUAUUCCACUAGGGAAUUAGGCCCUUAGAGGUACCACUUUACCCAGAGGUGGAGGAUGGCUGCCCUCUGGCCGCCCUGCCUGCCAAGCCAUAAACGCCCAAAAGGCAGAAAUGACUUUUUCAAAAGUCAGCGUGGCGCGACGGUCAUUUGUAUGGCGAUAUCGCCCUAGCAUUUACAAAAACACAAAAACACGAAAAAAUGGUGGUAUGAAAAAAAAGAUCAGCGAAAACUCGAACGGCGAUUUUUCUGAUUUGUUUCAUAUCGCUUGGGAGCUUUCCGACGGAGAAUUUUCGACUAAUCCUUUUCAACUUUUUUGCUAAAUAAACUCUUCGUUUUGAAUCCUCCCAUAUAAAGUAGGUAGUUGAUUCAUGAAUAAAACACAAAAAAGUAGACCAAAACUAUGUUUUAUGAACCGAAAAAUAUAAGGGAAAAAAGUCAGAAAAAGAUUCGUCGGAAAGGUGGCCGUCGGAAAGUUCCCUAGCGAUUUGAACAAAUCGGAAAAAGUCGCCGUUCGAAAAUUCGCUGGUUUUUUUUUCAUACCGCCGGAAAAAUCCAGGUAGAGAACUGUAAGCCUUCCACUCUUAACGAGGUGGCCUGGCGUAAUAGGAUUUUUUUCAGUCAUUUGACUUUUUGAAACCAAAUGAAUCAAGAGAAAUACUUUUUGCAUCAAUUUCAUAGCAUCUCAAAAAUUUUUUUUGUCGAAAUAGUUCUCUAGUGAGAUUGAAAAAGGUAGCCUUUUGACCCGUUUCAGUGACAAUUCCCUGCUGAAAUAACUGUUACAGUAGAUUAAAAAAACGUUAACACAAGUUGCGAAAAAUUCAAAAAUUUACAAAAAUUGAUAAUGAUUAGUUCAGGGCGUUAUCGCCACGUACUUGACCUAGUUGCCAAAGACCACGUAAAUUAAUGGCUCAUUUCUAUCGUUUGGCUUUUUGGCUUGGCUUGGCCGCCAAGCCAAGGGCUGCCUUCCCAAUUCUCCACCUCUGACUUUACCUACCCAUACAAGAGCCAUUAAAAGUUGCAAAAGUGGCCAUUAUAGAGGAUUUUUUUGAACUUAAGAGAAUAAACAUUUCAAUACGAAAAACAGAAUAAACUAGCGUUUUUCAAUGAAACAGUUAUAACAAAAAAGUACCAUUUUUGUUUUUAACUUUCAAAUCUGAAAAAAAAAAUAGAAACCCCAUAUAGGGACAAAAUCCGCUUUAGGGACUUAGGGGUCCGGCUUUAAAUCCCUGUAGGGACCACUUGGCAAAGAAAUCAGAAGAAGGGGGGAAGGUGGCUUGCUUGUCGCCAGUCAUGCUCAUCCCAUGUAAGUACAGAAAAGAUUCUUAAUUUUAUAAGAAUCAGAUUGAAUGGUUGAAAACAUCCUAUCUCUAAAUUUUUCAGGGUCUCGUGUCCUUCUCUUUUCGCAAUUCGCCAGAAUGUUGGAUCUCUUUGAAGAUUAUUGUUGGUGGAAAAAGUGUGUUUAAUAUAUGAGAAAAUGUGAGAACAAGAAAAAAAAAUCAGGUACGAAUACUGCCGCCUCGACGGAAGCACGGCUCACGAGGAACGUCAGAAGUCGAUCGACGAAUUCAACGCCGAAGGAUCGAAAAAGUUCCUUUUCAUGUUGACCACGAGGGCCGGAGGUCUCGGAAUCAACUUGGCGACGGCCGACGUCGUCAUCAUCUACGACUCGGAUUGGAAUCCCCAGUCGGAUCUGCAAGCCAUGGACCGCGCCCACAGAAUCGGACAGAAGAAACAGGUUGGGCUUGGGAUUAUUUUGGCAAAAGGGAUGUUAGAAGUGUUAAAAAAAAUUCGCAGCUACUGGUUCUGUUGAAAUAUUCAUCAAUUUUCUUACAGAAAAUAUUUCAAAAACAGUUUUAAGUAAAAUUUUCGAACCCUGUUGGGAAAAUUUUUCCUGGCCACUAUAGAGGUUUCUCAAGAAAAUGGCCGCUAAACCCACCUCUAUAGUGGCAACUAUUUUCCGUUUUAGGGCCCCCUUCAGUAGUUUUUCAUCCAGUAUUCCUUACAGUAGCUCUGAUAGUUUUAAAACAAAAAGAUUGGUCCAGUUAUGUUGAUCCAUUGACCUCUAAAGUGACCACUAAUUUGACUACUAUAGUGGCCAAUAAAACGUCAAAACCCUAUAGUGGCCUCUAAAAAUUUUCCGAGGAGUUUUCCUCGGCCACCGGCAGUGUAAUCCUGAGCUUUUCUAGGGAUCCCUUUAGUGGCUUCAGCAGCUUUUAGUUGUGUAGAUUGCGAAUGACUUAUGUAAUAUUAAAGUCUGGUCACUCGGACAUCGGCAGUACAAUUUUGAGCAUUUCUAGUGACCCCUUUAGCGGCGUCAGUACUCUUAAAUGACCUCUUAAAUGUCUAAAAACGCCCGGGGCUCGCCCAUUUUGCAUUACCAAGUUUUUCAAAGUAAAAAAAAAAUGAUUUUUUCAGUUGGGUGGAAUGAGCCAUAACUACCGUGAAAUAAAGAUUUUUCCAUCAACUUUCAAUGCUUCAUCAAUCUUAUCUUUAGGUCCGCGUGUUCCGUCUGAUCACUGAAAACACGGUCGACGAACGAGUCAUCGAGAAAGCCGAGAUGAAGCUGCGGCUGGACUCGAUCGUCAUCCAACAAGGCCGGAUCGCCGAGGCGCAGAAAACCUUGGGCAAGGACGCCAUGUUGAACAUGAUCCGCCACGGCGCCGAGCACGUCUUCUCCGCCAAGGACUCGACGAUCAGCGACGACGACAUCGACACGAUCCUCAGCAAGGCCGAGGUCAAGACCGCCGAACUCAACGCCAAACUCGAAAGCCUCGGCGAGAACAACCUCCGGAACAUGUGCUUCGACACACCCGGCGGCGAUAACUAUACGGUAGGCUAUACGGUAUCUCCGACUCGACGGAAAUCCUCUCAGGUCUACUCCUUCGAGGGCCAGAACUUCAAACAGAAGCACAACGACGCCAUGGGCUCCUUCUGGAUCGAACCGCCGAAGCGGGAACGCAAGGCGAAUUAUCAGGUGAAUAAGGGAUAUUUUAGGGCAGUAUGGUUCAUGAUAACUUCUUGGGAUGGCUUAUGAAGCAUUGAAAAGAGUAUAAAAAUUAUGAGCUUGAACAUUGUUCAUUUUGUUUCAGUAAAAAAAUUGACAAAAUAAUUACUUGAAAUAGGAAUACCAUUUUCUCCCUCUAGGGACCACUAGCAUGCUCCCCUGGGGGGGCUUUUUAAAACCCCUCUAGGGACCAUCAGCAUGCUCCCCAGAAGAGCCAUCAACUCCAAACCCUCUAGGGACCACUAGCCUGCACCCCUGAAGGGGGCACUAUUUGAAGCUCCUCUAGGGACCACUUGCUAUGUGUCUAUCUACAGGUGACAAAAGAAAGCUCCUCAUAAAGGUAAAAUUCAGGUGGUUUCAUUCCUAAGCUUCUAAAGCUCAAUUAUCCCUAAAGGGGAGCCUUCAAAGGUCAUUAAGAUCUAAGAUUACCCCUGUAGAGACCACUCUGGAGCUCUCAAAUUCCGAUACCGUUUUUUUCAAGAAUUUUCUUCUCAUUAUGACUUUUCAAUAAUUUCUGAAUCUUUUCAUUUUUCAACUCGACUAGAUAACCAGCAAUAAGGCCAUUUCCAGGUUGAUGCCUAUUUCCGCGAGGCUAUGCGAGUCGGAAACGCCUCGGAGAAGCAAUCCAAGGCGCCGAGGCCGAAACUGCCGACCGUCUACGACUUCCAGUUCUUCCCCCGUCGACUCAUGCAACUGCUCGACCAAGAAAUUUACUUCUAUCGCAAAUCGAUCGGCUACAAGGUCAGUUUUGUGACGAUGGAAGGUUUGGGUAGGUUGUGUGGAAUGAUUUUUGUACCCUACUUACGAAAAAAGUGUAGAAAAAAGAGCUGAAAUUUCAAUGAUUUUGAAGUUCUGCAGUCCUUAA